AUGGUAGCAGGCCCGAACACAGGCAAUAUGGAGCCGGAGUCUGCGAAGAUGGCCUCAAACAACCUCCUCGGCGACUGUUCUCCCAGUUCUGGCACGGAGGGGACCCUCGGUUCGACUGUCGCUCCUCAAACCGUUCCAGCGUCGACCGUGGACACCGGCGCUCAGACGACCGCAGCUCCAGCUGGUACUCUUGACCAUGAUCUCACCGGAACUCCCGACGACAAGAAACUCGACGUACAGACUCCUGAAGUUGCCGAUCAGGACAACAUCGGCAGGCCCAGCGGCUCGGCGUCGGACAACGCGCAGGGGAGCGAGGGUGUCCUUCCGUCCGAUGAUGCCACCCAGAAUCCUGCCGAAAAGGGAUCGUCGGGUUGGAAAGGCACUGCUUACAACGGUGUCAAGGCGGUGCUUGCCAUGAUCAGGGAUAAUGUCGAGUUUGCGCCCGUCAAGCUGGCAGCAGGUGGACUCUUAACCGUCUUGGAGACCAUCGAUUUGGUCAAGGAGAACCGUGAAGAAGUGCAGAAAUUGCUCGCUAGACUUGAGAUCUUGAAGGAGAUAUUGGAAUCAUGCCCUGCGGAUUUGAAGGGCAAAUUGACAGACCGUCUGGACGGUUUAUCGAGGACUCUGGAGGAGAAGGCGAAGGAGUUGGAAGAAAAGGCGAAGGAUUCGAGGCUCAAGAGAGUGGCGAACGCCACCGAAGACGCGAAGGACAUCGUGCAAGCGCUGGAGGAAAUCCGAUUUGCGAUCGAGAUAGCGAUGGCAACGCUUCAUAUGGCGAAGGAAGUGACAUGGUUGAGCAGGACUGUGACGGAGACUAGGGAUUUGGCUGGAGCUGUGAAGGACGAUACCACCUGGCUGAAGAAGAACGGUAUGGAUGAUGGCCUCCCUGUCCUGCGCUUUUACUCAUCAAGCACUUUCACAGAGCUUUUGAAGAAGAUCGCGAACGUGGACGGGGCCGAAUUCAAUCGUGGAGACCGACGUGGAUGCAUUGCUGGAACCAGGGUGGCACUUUUGUCUCGGCUGCUCGGUUGGGCGAAGGACAAGCACUCCCCGCACGUCUUCUGGCUGAGCGGCAUGGCUGGCACCGGGAAGACAGCAGUGUCGGAGACCUUUUGCACGCACCUCUUCCGCGAAGGUCUCCUGGGCGGGAGCUUUUUUUGUUCGCUCGACUGGGACGACCGCCAGGACGUCUAUCGUCUUCUCCCAGCCCUCGCCAAGACGCUUGCUCGCGUGCGGCCCAAAUUCGGCGAGGAGCUUAUCAAGGUGCUGGAGUCCGAUGACUGUCCUGACAACCUUUCGCGGAUGAGCCUCAAGGACCAGUACCGGAUGUUAAUCCUCGAGCCCGCCGAGAAGUCGCUCUCCCCUGACGAGGUCACCGUGCUCUCCAUCGACGCCCUCGACGAAUGCACGGACAAGGAGGCAUUGGCGAAGUUGCUCGAUAUCAUCAUAUCCCAGAAACCGCCUGUUGGACUCAAAUUCUUUUUGACAAGCCGCCCCGAGGUUCCAGUGCGCGAGCAGUUCGAGGACAAGUCUGAUGGCCAUCACCACCAGUCCCUUCGCCUUCACGACAUCGAGCUCGACAUGGUCCGGGCGGAUAUCAACAUCUUCCUACACCACGAAUUCGCCAGCAUGCCGUUCCUCCGCAAACACUUCGAGGGGAGAUGGCCACCGCCGGAGCUCGAGGUCAUUGUGGACAUGUCAGGAAAGCUGUUCAUCUUCGCCGCGACCUUCGUCAAGUACAUCGCGAACUACAAAGGCGACCGCACCAAGCGAUUCAAGCAGCUUGCCGCCUCGACAAAGGGCAUCCCAUCCCUGUACCAUCUGUACUCGCGCAUUCUGACGGAGGCGUUCGAGGGAUUGGAUGACGAGGACGAGGUUGAGGACGCAACUACCAUCCGCCACUGCCUCUCCUUGUUGAUGGUUGCUCAACGUCCAGCCUCGGUGAACGACUACGCUGGGCUACUCGGGAAGGGCGUGGACUCGAUUCGCGAAGCGUUCAAGCAUCUCCAUUCCGUCAUAAACAUUCCUGCAGUUGAUGACCAACCCGUGUCCAUCUUGCAUGCUUCCUUUGCCGACUACUUGACAACUGAGAGUGUUCGCCUUUCCCACCCGUGGGCUGUCGAAAGACCAAUCGCUCAUUUCGUUGCUGCUGAUUGGUGCCUCCGGGUGAUGGACGAAAUGCUGCAUUUCGGAGUCUCGGGUGCGACAACUUCGUAUCGGAGCAAUGAUGAGCAGCCUGUUGCUUUGUCCCUUCCAUCCCACCUUGCAUAUGCCUGUAUGUCAUGGGCUGGCCAUGUUGUUGGCUCUGGUGGUGUCAAAGACAUCCAACUGCAGAAGAUGUUGAAGCGAUUACUUGAUAUUCUGAAGGCAAAGGCCUUCUACUGGAUGGAGGCUCUAAGUGUCAUAAAAGCAGUAAAGCAAGGAGCAGAAGUAUUGUCACUUCUGACCCAGAGCAGCAUGUGCACUUUGGAGCUGAAAGAGGUCCUGCAUAGUGCCCAAAGAUUUGUCCAAACCUUCCAUAUCCCUAUCACCCAGAGUGCAUCCCACAUAUACUUGUCAGCACUUCCUGCCUAUCGAGAUAUCCUCCCUUUACUCCCAUUCCUGGAUAGCCACCAUAUCACAGCUACUGCAACUUUUGUACAUCCAGGAAUGGGACCACAGCUUUUAUGUCUUCUUGGACACACAUUAACAGUCACUUCGGUGGCUUUCUCCCCUGAUGGCACCACCAUUGCCUCUGGCUCUUAUGACUGCUCAGUGCGGCUGUGGAGCACCCAGAGCGGGGAGCCUGUCUUGGGGCCACUAAAGGGGCACACAGGCCCCAUUUCUGUGGCUUUCUCCCCUGAUGGUACCACUAUUGCCUCUGGCUCUGCAGACUGCUCAGUGCAACUGUGGAGCACUCAGAGUGGCGAGCCUGUCUUGGGGCCACUAGAGGGGCACACAGGUGUAGUCACGUCGGUGGCUUUCUACCCUGAUGGCACCACCAUUGCCUCUGGCUCUUCUGAUGGCUCAGUGUGGUUGUGGAGCACCCAGAGUGGCGAGCCUGUCUUGGGGCCACUAGGGGAGCACACAGACUUGGUCAGUUCUGUGGCUUUCUCUCCUGAUGGCACUACUAUUGCCUCUGGCUCUUGGGACGGCUUAGUGCGGCUGUGGAGCACCCAGAGCGGCCAGCCUGUCUUGGGGCCACUAGAGGGGCACACAGGGGCAGUCACUUCGGUGGCUUUCUCCCCUGAUGGCACCACCAUUGCCUCUGGCUCUUAUGACUGCUCAGUGUGGCUUUGGAGCACCCAGAGCGGCCAGCCUGUCUUGGGGCCACUAGAGGGGCACACAGGCUCAGUCAAUUCUGUGGCUUUCUCCCCUGAUGGCACCACUAUUGCCUCUGGCUCUGCAGACUGCUCAGUGUGGCUGUGGGGCACCCAGAGUGGCGAGCCUGUCUUGGGGCCACUAGAGGGGCACACAGACACAGUCACUUCGGUGGUUUUCUCCCCUGAUGGCACCACCAUUGCCUCUGGCUCUGCAGACUGCUCAGUGCGGCUUUGGAGCACCCAGAGCGGCGAGCCUGUCUUGGGGCCACUAGAGGGCCACACAGGCUCAGUCACUUUGGUGGCUUUCUCCCCUGAUGGCACCACUAUUGCCUCUGGCUCUUAUGACUGCUCAGUACGGCUGUGGAGCACCCAGAGUGGCGAGCCUGUCUUGGGGCCACUAGAGGGGCACACAGGCGCAGUCACUUCGGUGGCUUUCUCCCCUGAUGGUACCACCUUUGCCUCUGGCUCUGGAGACUGCUCAGUGCGGCUGUGGAGCACCCAGAGCGGCCAGCCUGUCUUGGGGCCACUAGGGCACACCUGGGCACUCAGUGCGGCUGUGGAGCACCCAGAGGGGUGA